AACUAUAAAAAGGUCACCGGGAGCACCGGGAAGAUCACUGUAGUCGACUCAAGACUUGUCUGUAUCAUCUGUACCCACAAAGCAAAGACACAGGAGAGAUCGAAAUGGCCUUCGCAGGUGUACUGAGUGAUGCUGACAUCGCUACAGCCCUGGAUGGAUGCAAAGGCGAGGGCUCAUUUGACCACAAGAAGUUCUUCAAGGCAUGCGGCAUGGCUGGCAAGACCGGUGAUGACGUCAAGAAGGCCUUCGGCAUCAUUGACCAGGACAAGAGUGGUUUCAUUGAGGAGGAGGAGCUGAAGCUGUUCCUGCAGAACUUCAAGAAAGAUGCACGUGCACUGACUGAUGCCGAGACCAAGGCUUUCCUGGCUGCUGGUGACACCGACGGUGACGGCAAGAUUGGCGCUGAGGAGUUCGCUGCCAUGGUUAAGGGAUAAAGUGGCAACUGACCAACAACACCUGCUCUGAUGGAACAACAAAGCCCACGUCGACCUCCCCUAUUUUCAUCUUAAUAUAAAUAAUUUUUAUACAUUUUCUCAAGAGACGUUUCCUCCUAUGCAACACACUGUCCAAAAAAUGAUGAUUGUGAAUGUCGCUCGGUUGUGUUCAUGUCUUAAAUAUGAAUUUUGCUUACUGUAAAAUUUAUGAUGCACUUUCCAGGUACAAACGGUAAAAAAGAAUAAAUAUUCUUAUACUGCGGUCUUA